GCCUCUUUCACGUCUCUCACACUCACAUCCUAAUCUCGCUCAAAUCUGAAAACAAUAACUACAACAAUGUCCACAAGCGUCGACCCUCUGACAUCCCUCAAAUCAGUCCUCGAACGGGAAUCCUUAAUCCCCACCAUCAUCCCUUCCUCCUUCCAGCCCACCAUACUCUUUACGAUUCAGUACCCGCCAGAUGUUGAAGUCCUGUUAGGCAAUAAGUUGACGGUAGAGCAGACGAAGGAAGAGCCUAGUGUUGUAGUCGUGCCGAUGAGUGUGCCGGAGGCGGUGGCGGACGGCGACGGGAAGGAGGGCAGGGAGGGGACGAGAGGGUAUAGUACGAAGGAAGACGUGUCGUAUACGCUUGUCAUGACGGAUCCGGAUGCGCCGUCCAGGGAUGAUCCAAAGUUUGGGCCGUUUAGACAUUGGGUGGUGACGGGUCUGAGGAUCCCGACGGAUAAAGUCGUAGGAUCUGCGAAUUUGCCGGCUAUGAAGACCAAGGCUGCGACGACGCCUUAUCGUUCGCCUGGUCCGCCCCCGAACUCUGGGACUCACAGAUAUACAUUCCUCCUCUUUCAAGAACCCUUCUCCGACCCUCCGUUCUCCAUCCCGCCCGAUGCGCCGGAGUACGGAUCGGAAAAGGAACAGAGGAGACAUUGGAAUGCGAUGGAGUUUGCGGGGAGGUAUGGGUUGGAACUUGUCGGUGUGAAUUUCUUCUUGGUCAAAUCGGAUGUGUGAACGGUGUACUGUAGUGUAUAUACCAGUAGUAGAGUGGACUGUAAGGGACUCGGGAGCGCAUUCCAGGAUUUGACGCAUAUUCAGACGACGGGAUGAAUUGUUGGACAAAUAUGGCCUAAGAGUUCACUGUGAUUAAUUAUCCACCCAUAUGAG